AUGUCCUCUAAAGAUGAAUUAAUAGAAAAAUUCGGUCCCAAGAUUGACCAUGAAGAACUCAUAACAAAAUGUGAACAAAUUGUCAAGAUUUUCGCUAUAUCAAUUGAAGAUUUAUAUAUAAAUUGGGAAUCAUUUGUUAUAACAAAAUAUGAUGGUUUAAAAUUAGAAUAUACUGUGGAAAACCUAGGUUUAUUACAAAAUUAUAUUCAAUCAAAUUUGGAAAAAAGAAAAAAUGGUGCUCCAAGUACAACAAAAUUAAAUAAAAAGAUUAACAUUACAAAUAAUAAUUCAAGUCCUUUUAAUUUCUUACCUUCAACUCCAACUAUCCUGAAGAAAAAGCAGAAAUUAAAUGAUUCAACUCCAAGGAAAUUGGUAUCACCAUUAGAACAAAAAACUCCAAUAACUAAUACACCAGUGGUAAAUACUCCAACACCUUUGAAAACAACUCAAGAAUCUGGUAAAAUUAUUGAAUCAUUAAAUAAUCAAAUCACUAUAUCUCCAGGUUUUAAACCAGAUUUAUCAGAUGAAAAUCCAAUAAAAUUAAUUGCAAAUUUUGAUCCAAAAAAAUAUCAAUUCCGUACAAUGAGAACAAAAAUUUUAGAAACUGCAGAUAUCUUGGAUGAACAAAUUGAUUCAUUUACAAAAAUUAUUCAACAACAUUAUCAAAUCCCUUCAUCAGAUUUUAAUAAUCCUUCAAUAAUAUCUCAAUCUGAAAUUAUUACAGUGGGGAGAAUCAUACCUGAUAAUCCACAAGUUGAAUCAAUUCAAUUAAAUUCAAGUUCUCUUGCAUUAGAAACUUCAAGAACUUUAGGGAUUGGUAAAAGAAUCCCAUUAGAUUUAUCAAAUUUAACAGAUUAUUCAUUAUUUCCAGGUCAAAUUGUUGCAUUAAGAGGUAAAAAUGCAAGUGGUGAUUUUUUUAAAAUUAAUGAAAUUUUAGAAAUUCCUUAUUUAGGUUCACCAGUUUCUACUAAUGAUGAAUUAACAACAUAUUAUGAAAACUUAGAAAAUGAUUUAAAAAUUUUAUGUAUUAAUGGUCCUUAUACUUCAUCAAAAGAUUUAGAUUUUACAUAUUUGGAAAAUUUUGUCACUAAAGUUAAUAAUGAAAUUCAACCACAUGUUGUUAUUAUGUUUGGUCCUUUUAUUGAUAUUUCACAUCCUUUAGUUUCAUCAGGUAAUCUUGAUAUUGAAUCUCCAACAGGUAAAAAAAUUCAAACCCUGGAUGAUAUUUUUAAAUUUUUAGUAUCACCAAUUUUGAAAAAAAUUAAUAAUAAAAUUCAAAUUAUUUUAAUUCCAUCAUUAAAAGAUUCUAUUUCAAAACAUGCUGCAUAUCCACAAGAUUCUUAUGAUAAAAAACAAUUACAAUUAUCAUCAACUAAAAAUAUUAAAAAUUUCCCAAAUCCUUCUAUUUUCCAAAUUAAUGAAAUAUUAAUUGGUGUUUCAAAUAAUGAUAUUUUUAAAGAUUUAAAAGAUAUAAAUAAAGGUUCACCAGCUGGGGAGAAUAGAUUUGAUAGAAUUUCAAAUCAUAUUAUUCAACAAAGAAGAUUUUAUCCAAGUUUCCCCGGUUCAAAAUCUCAAAGAAAAAUAACCAGUUCAAAUGAUGAUGAAGAUGAAUUUGAAUUUUUACCUUCUUCAGAAUUAGAUGUUCCAUAUUUAGGUUUAUCAGAAUUUAAUGAUGUAUUACCAGAUAUUUUAAUCAUACCAUCAGAAUUAAGAUUUUUCGCAAGAGUUGUUAAAAAUACUUUAGUUAUUAAUCCUGGUGUUUUUAUGAGACCAAAUUCUUCUGGUACUUUGGCACAAAUUACUAUUGAAAAACCUAAAAUUGAUGAAUUAACUAAAAUUAAUGAAGAUGGUGAAGAUUUAUAUUUACAUGAUAUUUGGAAAAGAGCAAGAGUUGAUAUAAUUAAAAGUUAG